AUGAGUAAUUCUAAACAAUUCAAGAACAUUUAAACUGUAAAACGUAUUUCGUCUAUCAGUAUUCACUGUAAUAUAGUAUUAAAACAUGAAAAUUUUUAAAAUAUGGACAUAUAUUAAAGUAUUUUUGGUAACUCUAGUCUCCGUAGCAUUGUUUAACGAGUACUUUAUUUAUUAUCUUUGGUUUUCAAAGUGUUCUUGGCCCGUGACGGACAAAACUAAAGCGUUGAUAUUAGCUGAUGUUCAUCUCCUUGGUAUCUAUCGUGGUCAUUGGUUAGAUAAACUAAGACGGUAAGGUUAACAUAAUAUGUAUAUUGUUGUUUAGAGAAUGGCAGAUGUACAGGUCUUUCCAAACUGCAGUUGGAAUGUUCAACCCAGAUGUUGUGUUUAUAUUAGGUUCGUUUAAACAGUAUUAAACAUUUUAGAAAUACUUGUCCAUCAACGUUUUACCGAAUUCUUUGUUGUAGGAGAUCUGUUUGAUGAAGGAGAAUUCGGAUCGGAUGCAGUGUUCAACAGCUAUGUCGAUCGCUUCAGAUCCUUGUUCUACGUGCCGGGAGGCACUAAGUUAUUCACUGUUCCGGGUAACCAUGACAUUGGCUUCCAUUACUCGUGAGUUUUAUGUUUUACAAGUUAUUGAUGUUUAGAGCUCGACCACAAAACGUGAAUCGCUACAUAAAGGCGUUUGGGAAUGAAAAAGGUGUAGAACAUGUUGAAGUUGACGGUAAUCACUUCAUCUUGAUCAACUCUGUUGCUAUGGAAGGAGACGGGUGUCGAUUCUGUGAAACUGCUACAAAUGAGUUGAACGAGGUAUCAGAUAUGUUGAACUGCAGUAUGAGACGGAAUUCGAGUUGUACCACGAAGACAAUGACACCGUACAGUCGGCCGAUACUCAUGCAACAUUAUCCUUUGUAUCGGUGAGCUGAAUUAAACUUUUUUGCUUACAUAAGUAAUAUAGAAGACGGGACAUUUAACUGUGUAAAGUACAGUAGUGGUUUUUAUAUCACCUUGUUAUCUUCCAGGACAAGCGAUCAAGAAUGUUCUCCAGAAACUCCUGACUUAGGGCCUCAAGAUGUAGUUUCGGAAAAGUUCCGUGAGCGAUGGGACUGUUUGUCAUCGGAAGCGACCAAGUUUCUUUUGGAGAAGUUCCGACCUCGUGCAGCCUUCUCAGGUCACGUUCACUUCGGGUGCAAGAAAUGGUGGGGAGCACCGUACAACCUCUGGGAGUUUACAGUACCUUCUUUUUCGUGGCGAAACCUGAAAACGCCCAGUUUUAUACUGGCAAGUAUUUCCAGUGAUUCUCUGGAUGUGUCUACCUGUUUUGUGCCUAAUGAACACUACACGUAUAUUGUAUAUGGUUUGGCUGGUGUCUUUUUCAUAGUUUACGUAUUGGCUUGUGAGCUGAAUAAUUUUAGAAGGUUUAGAGAGCCAAAGUAUAGAAAGCUAAAUUAG